GCUGGGCGCCUCGAGAGGCCCAGCCACGGCGACGCCCAGGACUUCGGCGAAUUCCGAGGCGGUGCGCCGCUGUCCUCCUUGAGCCCGUCGCCCUCCAGAAGGGCCUCUGGCGCGGCCGCGAGCCCGUCGCCCGGCUCCCGCAGGGCGUCCCGCGUGCCGAGGCACGGCGGCGCCCGGAAGGACCACCCACUGCGAAGGCGGCCGCAGAGAAGGGAGCUCGGCACCACCGAGCUUGUCCUCACGGGCCUCCUGGCGGACG